GUUCAUCAUGACGUUGGCAUUGUUGGCCGCCACAUUCAUUCCCCUCCUUUAUCAUGAAGACAUGUUCAUGUCUAUCCCUAGCCUCUUCUCCAGCAGUUCACGAAACACCUUUGUUAGCACCGCUCUAUCCACGCGGUCGAUCACCAUCUGAUGACAUCACCACACUGUCUGUAUGUCGGUUGACGUCCGUUAGUGCCUGACAUUCUUACAUCGAGCUUCAUUUGCUCCCCCGUCUCCUGGAUGGUCUUUAUCUGGUGCUGGAGGUCACGCCACAUCUGUGUGUGCACAGUCAGCAUAGAAGAUUGGUUCUGCUUCAGGCAUGCGUCAUGUCUUGUGUGGUCACCUUUGUGUCCCUCUUCCGCAGCCACGCCUGUUGGGCGUCUCGCCCCUCGGCUGCAAUCACGGGGCCACGCAGCAGAGCCUUGGUCUUCUCCAUGUCAGCCUCGCUGCAUUUCUUCGACUGUAAGUCAAACUGAGGCAGAGUGCACACACGGCACAGACGUGAACCCAGCACAGCUGUGCAAGCGCGAUACUGUUUCCUGGGCAUACCUUCUUUGUCCACAU